AUGAGCCUACGCACCCCCCACCUCCUAGAACCCUAUCUCUCCCUCCCCCCAGAAUCCACCCUCCUCCUGCUCACCAGCGUCCUAGGCGCGAGCACAAACUGGCUCGUCCUCCGUCAUCUGCACUCCCUCCUCAAACCCUCGACCUCGACCCCACUGCCGUCACCAGGGAUAGGAAAGAACGGAGAGACGCCAGAAGCAAACGGAGGCGGAGACACGGCCGUUCUGCUAGUCAGCUUUCUCCGCGAUCGAGCGUUUUGGAAGGAGAAUCUUGCCCGGUUGGGGGUGGAUUUGGAUGCGGCUGCGCGCAGGGGGAGGUUUGGGUAUGUGGAUGGGUUGGGGGGGUUGUUUGGGGGGGGGUUGUCACAGCAGCAGGAACAGCAGCAGCAGUUGACCGCAACGGGGACGGGGACGGCGCAGAAACGACAGGUUGAGUGGCAGAGGACGUUGACGAGUGCUGUGCCGGGGGAGAUUGGGCGGGUGGUCUUGGAGGGCGUGGGUGUGUUGGGUAAACGGGCAGCUAGUGUUGCUAGUGGUGGUAAUGAGGACGGAGAGGGGAGGAAAGUGGUGUUGGUGAUAGACGGGUUGGAUUUCGUCCUCGCUGCGCUGGAUCCAUACCCGAGCGUAGGACCAGGGAGUAAUCGGGGGGAAGCUGGGACAGCGGAGGCGGUGAAGACGAUGGUGAUGGAAUGGAGGGAGAAAACACAUGCUGUGAUCGUCACCCUAGCUGGCGACGAUCCGCUCAUCAGAGAGCACGAGACAACAUUGGAGAAGCAACACGCUUGGUUCGCGCUGAGUCUAGCGCACGAGGCCGAUACGAUUCUCAGUCUGAGACUCCUCGACACGGGCGCCGCCAAAGACGUGAGCGGUGUCAUCAGGAUCACGCACAAGGGAGCCAACGCCGAGGAUCAUGAAUACCUCUACCAUGUGGGAGGAGACGGUGGUGUUAGGGUAUUUGAACGAGGCCAAUAG